AUGUUGAGUCCAAAUUGGAAAAGUUGGAAAAUCAACGAAACAAUGAAGAAGAGAGUGAAUGUAAGCAACAAAAAGACAAGGAAACUACAAUUCAUCGAAUUCAAAUCAGAGGGAAAAGAAGAUAUGAUCAUUAACUCAAUUCCUUACAAUCCAUUAUUGGACGACGUUAUUCAUGAUCCAAUUUUUCGAGAACGAACUUUUAAUUUUUCUGAAUACUCUGCUCGAACUAUUCUAUUCAUGGAAUGGAAUCAACAUAAACAUAAAUACGCGGAAAACGAAACAUUUCAAAUGGUAGAAUACAAGAUGAGAACAUUCGUUUCAUUUUAUGUUUUCCUCCCAAAAAUUCGAUUCGGUUUGCAAAAUGCUUUGAAGAAUCUUGGAGACGGGCAACAACUUUAUCAUUUGAUUAACACUGCCAAGGAGAAAUAUGUUGAUAUUCGUGUUCCUCGAUUUAAAAUUGAUACAGAAGCCGACUUGGGAAGCUUUAUAAAUUCAAUCGGGAUCGAGAAAGAUUUAUAUCAGGAUGUAUCAAAAACAGUAUUCAGAAAAACCGUACGUUUUGUGCACAAAGCUCAAUUUGAGCUAGACGUUCAAAGAUACGAAAAAUUUGAGGAUGGUUCCAAUAGAGACUGCAAUGGGGUAGUGGAUCUUGGAUUUAAAGAUACUCAUGUUGUGUUUUUUGGUUGUUAUCAAUGA